UCGAUUUCUAAAUCUCGUUCAUACACUUAUAAAAAAAUAUGACUACAGAAGAAAAUAUUAGGAUAUGGACUUUAUAAAUUUUGUUGUCCUGUUCAUUGUAUUAGUAAACAAAUUUACCAAGGUACUAACUUACGAUCAUGUGACGACUUGUGCAGUGUCGUCUACCAUUGGAGAGUCAGUUCCUUAUGACUUUACAGAUGAGCUGGACAUAAGUACUGGAGCAGUAUACAUGAUAGAAGACGAGAACUUUCAAGUGAAAUGUUGUGGUGUAAUAUCAUACUGGGAGAUAAAUGCUCGAUCUCUAGCCACCAUAUAUUUACAAAUAUGGAGAAGAUUGUCGUCUAACUCAUAUGAAUUGGUUGGGUUUAAUACUGUUACACCCCCAGAUGUAGGACAUUUUAAAUACUCUGUUCCUAUCUCUGAGAGGAUCAGUGUAAAACAUGGUGACUACAUAGGAUGGUUCACAGCAGGAUCAGAGGUGAUUUCGUACAACGAACAUAGUUCAUACCCAAUCAUGAACAGAAAGUUUACGGGUCAAACUAGUUUUACUGUUGGGGAUAUUUUAGACUGGACUACUAGUAGAAAUACUGAUACAAACAGACAGUAUGCUAUUGGUGCCCAGACAGCUUCAGGUGAUACUCCGACCCUGAAUAUUGGUACCAAUUAUGAGAUGACUAUUGACGAAUCAACAGCUGUUGGAACAGCUAUACUUACCCUAUCCGUGGUCGAUGACGACGUCUCCGAUAUACAUACCAUCAAUGUUUUCAGCACGGAAAAUGGAUACUUUGAGCUCAAUUCUUUGGCGCUGGAGACACUCCAAGAUGAGAUUCCAGAAGCCACUUACAUAAUGGAACUAGAAGUUAUAGAUGAAUGUUACCACACAUCAACAUCUACUGUUACCAUCACAGUUCAAAACACUGCUAUAACUAUUGAUAAUUUGCCGCACACAAUAACAAUUCGAGAAGAUUUGUAUAUAGAAGAAAAAAUAUACGAUCUAAUUGUAACUGAAGCUACUGAUAUAUGGUAUUGUGAUAUGCUGGAUAUAAACGAUACACCUUUCCUAACAAGACAAGAGGAAGCUGGAGGGCCUAGUACAGAUUAUGCAAUAUAUUUGAAUCCUUGGCCUCAACUAGACUAUGAUUCAAACAAUAAAUACUUAUUGACGGUAAAAUGUUACGAUGAUCACGCUACAGCAUCUGGAACAGCUACUAUCUCAAUUCUGAAGAACACAGAUCCUGUCUUCAACAAUCUUGAUAAUUCAGUGACUGUUGAUGCAUUAACACAGGUUAACAGUGAUAUUGUCUUCACUGUAGAUGUGACAGAUGAUGAAGAUGACCAGAUCAUUUUUACAAUGACGACUUCACCAGCUGGUGGACCAUUUGAUAUACUUGAUUAUUCGGGAAAAGUUGUUUUGACAGAAAAUGUAUUGCGCCACCACAAUAGCUCAACUUAUGAUCUAUCAAUAACUGCAGAUGACGGUUAUAAUACCAUUGGACCUCGAACACUUACAGUAAACAUAAAUGACAUCAAUGACAAACCUGUUUUAUCAAAUUUACCAGAAAAUAUGAACUUGUUAGAAAAUGCGGCAUUAUCAACCUCAUUAUUUACUGUCUCUGUCGAUGACCUCGACGCAUCAGAUCCACGUAUUUUUACAGCAACUUUUGCCCCAAGAGAGGCUGCGAAAUACUUUUCAAUUGAUAGUGAUGGAGUAAUUUGGACUUCAGCGGUACAUAACAUAGAUUAUGAUUACAUCGAGGACACGUCGAUAAGAGUAUGGGUAAUGGUAACAGAUGGAAAAGAACAUGAUGAACAAGACUUGAUGAUUAUCAUUAAGAAUCAGAACGAGGCGCCGUCAUUUUCACAGACUUAUUACUCGAUAUCUAGAGAUGAAAGCAACGAAAGUCUGUCAUUUCCCUUGACAAGGUAUCAUACUUAUGACCCAGAUGUUGGACGAGAUGGGGAUAUCCACGAGUACUCGAUCGACUGUGGAACAAACACGUCUAGGUUAUCAAUUAAUAACAACACCGGACAGAUAAGCUUCAGAGACGGAUAUGAUCUUGAUAUUGAAGGAACUCCGACAGAUAUUAGUUGUAUAGUAAAUGUCACUGACAUCGAUGGCUUAUCUGACACUUGUGAAAUAGCUGUCAAUAUCAGAUAUGUUAAUGAGUACACCCCAUUCUUUCCAUAUUCACCAUGGGCUCCGUUAAGAGAGUAUCCAGUGACGGUUUAUAGUUAUGAUAUAAUUGGCACAAUAAUAAUUACUAUCACAGCAACUGACAGUGACCUGACAGAGCAUGGUACAUUUUAUUACUCACUUGUUCAAACGUUCAAUGGAAGUGCCGAACUUUUCGGCGUACUAAACAACGGAAGUGUGUAUAUUAAAAGUGAUUUCAGUAUAUAUGACAAUGGAGCAACAUUUGAUGUACUCAUGUUAGCCACAGAUACUGGUGGUCUCAUAGGAACAGCAACAAUACAGGUGACUAUUCCAGCGCCUACAACUACAACUACUACUACUGAAACGCCUGAACGGUAUACGGAAGAUAUAGUUAAUACAUCACUUCUAUCAUUUGGUGUUGUAGGAGGAAUAGCUGUAGUACUUUUAAUUGGUUACUUGUUAUUCAGUUAUUUUAAAUUACCAACGUGCAAUAGACCUAAAUGCAAUUGCUGUAAACGGAAACCAAAGCGACCUAAACCAAAGGCAAAACCACCACCACUGCCACCACCAGUGUACACACCGAUGGAAGCAAUGCCGCUGCCAAGAGCAAUACAGUUGGAGGAACCGGCAGAAGAAAGAGUUUUCAUUACUGGAAAAGAUCCCUCAACAAAAUUAAAAAAUCGGAAUAACAGUCGGGAUGAAAGAAUUUAUGAACAGACGUACAGUACAAGUCAGGCAGGUGAUCCAAAUAAAUGGAUGUCAACCGUAGACAAAAAAGAAAACAUCAAUCAAUCGGAACAUCUCUGAAAUGGACCACCACUUUCUACAUAAAUUUACAGUUCACAUUCUAGAACAUCUUUGGGACGAACCCAUAUUCAUCGGGCUUGCACUGAAUUGGUUCCAUCUAUGUAUAAAAAUGAUCUUUAUAAUGAAGUUUACUUAUUUGAAA